CACUACUGAAUCCCAAUUUCUCGUAGAUCGUCAUGGCAUCCAUCAGUCUUCUGAAUCCCAAAGCCGAGAUAGCUCGUGCUGCCCAGGCCCUUGCUGUCAAUAUUUCUGCUGCCAAAGGAAUUCAAGAUGUAAUGAAGUCUAAUUUAGGUCCAAAAGGCACCAUGAAAAUGCUUGUCUCAGGUGCUGGAGAAAUUAAGAUUACUAAGGAUGGAAAUGUUCUUUUGCAUGAAAUGCAAAUCCAACAUCCUACUGCUUCAUUGAUUGCUCGAGCAUCCACUGCUCAAGAUGAGGUUACUGGAGAUGGUACCACUAGCACUGUUUUGGUUAUUGGGGAAUUGCUUAAACAAGCAGAUCUCUAUGUAUCUGAGGGUCUCCACCCUAGGAUUUUGACUGAGGGUUUUGAGCUUGCAAAGGUGAAAGCCUUAGAAGUUCUUGAGUCUGCAAAGAUUCCAGUGGAAUCUAAGCGAGAUAUUCUGCUUCAAGUUGCAAGAACCUCAUUGCGGACAAAGGUUCACCAUGUUUUGGCUGAUCUCCUUACAGAAGCCUGCGUAGAUGCCACAUUAGCAAUUCAGGAAGAAGAUAAACCCAUCGAUCUGCAUAUGGUUGAAAUUAUGGAGAUGCAACACAAGACAGAACUAGAUACCCAACUUAUCCGCGGGAUCGUUAUGGAUCAUGGCUCCCGCCACCCCGAUAUGCCUAAGAGGGUCGACAAUGCCUACAUUCUCACUUGCAAUGUUUCAAUGGAAUACGAGAAAAGUGAGGUGAAUUCAGGAUUCUUUUACAAGACCGCCGAUGAACGCGAGAAACUCGUGAAAGCUGAAAGGCAAUUCAUUGAGAGUCGCGUUCAAAAAGUAAUUGAUUUGAAGAAGAAGGUUUGCGAUGGCACUGACAAGAACUUCGUAAUCAUCAACCAGAAGGGUAUCGAUCCGCUAUCUUUGGAUAUGUUGGCCAAGGAGGGCAUUAUUGCCCUUCGUCGCGCCAAACGCCGCAAUAUGGAGCGCUUGACUCUGGCUUGUGGUGGUAUCGCCAUGAAUUCGUUUGAUGAUAUUUCCGAAUCCUGUCUCGGAUAUGCUGGUUCUGUCUAUGAACAUGUUUUGGGUGAAGAAAAGUACACGUUCGUCGAAGAUUGUCGUAAUCCACGAAGUGUUACUAUUCUCAUCAAGGGUCCGAAUAAGUAUACUUUGACGCAAACGAAAGAUGCCAUUAGGGAUGGACUUCGUGCUGUUGUCAACGCACUCGAAGAUGGUUUUGUUGUUCCCGGAGCAGGAGCCGUUGAAGUUGCAACUCACAAGGCCUUGAUUGCAUACAAGGAACAGGUGAAGGGACGUGCUCGUUUGGGUGUUCAGGCUUAUGCUGAUGCCAUGCUGAUCAUUCCCAAAGUCUUGGCACAGAAUGCGGGAUUUGAUCCGCAAGAUUCUAUUGUUAAAAUGCAACAAGAGUUCGCUGAAGGCGGGCCCUUCAUCGGUUUUGAUCUGCAAUCAGGAGAGCCAAUGAUCCCUGCAGAUCUAGGAAUCUAUGAUAACUACCGUGUUAAGAAACAGAUUCUUCAUUCUUGCACGGUCAUUGCUAGCAAUCUGCUUUUGGUGGAUGAAAUUAUGCGUGCUGGUCUGUCAUCGUUGAAGUAAAGUCCAUGUAUUAAGCUCCACCGAGUUCCUGAGCAGCAAUGGAUGACUUUUUCUAAUCAAUCUGCUUGAAUUCUAAUUUCGUUCCGGCUCACUAUUUUCGUCCGCUUGAGAAACUAAUGUUAUUACAAUCUGCUAAUCACAACUCA